AUGCAGUCCUCAGACAUUGACAACCACCAUGCACUCAUCGAAUUCAACGAGGCCGAGGGCAGCUUUGUCCUUCAGGACUUUAACUCCCGCAACGGAACGUUUAUCAACGACUGCCACAUUCAGAAUGUGGCGGUGAAGCUGAUCCCUGGCGACAUUCUGCGGUUCGGGUCUACGGGGCUGACCUACGAGCUGGUCGUCGAGAACCCGCCCCAGGUCUCCUACCCAUGGGUGAGGAGCCCAGCACCUUGGCAGAGGCUGCAGCCACCUGGGGCCUUACAGCAGCCACGCCAGUCACCUUUGCCCCCCCACAUGCCUUUCCACCAGGGCAUCCAACCACCAUCAGCACAGAGAAGUUGGUCACAGGGUUGUCCCGGGCCCAACAUGGCCCCGCCUAGCCCUCACCAGCUGCCCAUGACUCCCAACGGGAAGAUGUUUUCCUUUGUGAUGGAUCCCAAGUCCCCCGUCAUCAAGCAAGUGUGGGCCAGCACCAUGGAGCAAUGCAUGGCCGAGGGACUCUCGAGGACGGUGCCUCCCACCGAGAUCUUCAUGGACCAGGAUCUAGGCCCGCAAGACAAGGACGAGAUCAUUCUUCUGUUGGGAAGAGAGGUCAAUCGGCUCUCGGACUUUGAAAUCGAGUCCAAAUACAAAGACGCGGUGAUCAUGAACCUGCAGGGCGAGGUGGCCGACCUGAGUCAAAGGCUGUCGGAGGCGGCCAGCCUUGCUGCCGCCUCCAGGCAGGGCGAAAGAGGUAGCCUGAAGUUCCAGGGACUGGAGGAGGACGAAGAUCAAAGGCAGAAGGAGAUUGACAGUAUGAAAAACCAGAUCAGCGCCCUUCAGAAAAACUAUAGCCAGAUGCUGUCUCAGACCCUGGCAGAGCGCAACUCAGAAAUUGCAUCCCUGAAGAAUGAAGGCGAGAACUUAAAGAGAGACCAUGCCAUCACAUCAGGGAUAGUGACAUCAUUACAGAAGGACGUGACAGCUCGGAAUGAGCAAGUCCAGCAGCUGAAGGAGGAGGUCAGUCAACUGAAGAACCAGAUCAACGAGAAGGAGUACCAGUUGGAAACCCUGGGCUCCAGAUGUUCCAUGCUGAAAGAAGAGCUAAGGAAGGAAGAGGCUCAGAAGGAGCAGCGGGAGGCUCAGGAGAAAGAGUUGAAGCUCUGCAAAAGCCAAAUGCAAGACAUGGAGAAAGAAGUGAAGAAGCUCAGAGAGGAGCUGAAGAAGAACUACACCAGUCAGAACACCAUCUCCAAGACGCUACGAGAAAAGAGCAAGGUUGAAGAGAAGCUUCAGGAAGAUUCCAGAAGGAAAUUGCUUCAGCUGCAAGAAAUGGGGAACAGAGAGACCCUCAUUAAAAUCAAUUUGGAAAGGGCAGUAGGCCAGCUGGAGCACUUCAGAAGCCAGGUCAUCAAAGCCACUUUCGGAAGAGUGAAGCCGUUCCGUGAUAAGCCCAUCACCGACCAGCAGCUGAUAGAGAGGAUCAUGCAGGUCACCGAGGACAACCUCAGCUUCCAGCAGAGGAAGUGGAACUUGCAAAAGGAGACGCAUCAAAGCAACUUGAGGCAGGAGGAGACCUCAGAGAACGUGGAGCGGCUUCGGGAGCUGCUGGACAACUGCCAGGCUUGCAUGAGGGAAUCCUGCAGAGGCAGCGACUUGAAGAAGCAGGUGGGGCUCCUUCAGCACCUGAAGCUGAGCCCACCCGUGUCGGAGCUUCAGAAGGCUGUACUGGACAUCCUGAAAGUCUCCCUGUCCUGGCUUGAGGAAACAGAGCAGCUGCUUGUGGACCUUAACAUCCAGCUGUCGGGUUCUGACAAAGGCUUCUCUCUGUGCCUGAUGUAUCUUCUAGAACAUUACAAGAAAAUUAUAGGGCAGACCCAGGAACUUCGGGUCCAGGUAAGAGUUUCCCAGGAAAGUCAGCAGUCUCUGCAGCAGGAACAUCUGGCUGAGAAGGAGAAGCUGAAUGAGGAGAAGCUGGAACAGGAGGAAAAGCUGAAAGCCAGAAUCCAGCAGCUGACAGAAGAGAAGGAGGCCCUGGAAGCAAAUAUUGUCCAAGAGAAAAACAAAGCAAAGGAGGCUUUACAGGGGGAGCAGUCGAGAGCCCAAAGUUUAGAGAGUCGCUUGGCCUACCAGAAAAAGGCUUUGGAAGAGAGCAUCACUCAGGAGAGAAACAGAGAGCAGGAGGCCCUGGAGAAGGUGCAAGCUCGAGUCCGUGAGCUAGAGAGCUACUUGGCCUGUCAAAAGGAGGCCCUGGAGAACAACAUGGCUUAUGAGAAGAAAAAAGCAUGGGAAACGCUGGAGGCAGAAAGGAGGAAGUCACAAGACCUGGAGAAUCAGCUGACUCAGCAGAAGGAGAUCUCAGACAGCAUGACCUUCGAGAGACUCAAAAUGAAAGACAGUCUAGAGAGUGAAAAGAGGAGAAUCCAGGACCUCAUGAAUUGCCUGACCAAGCAAAGAGAGGAGAUAGAAUUAAAGGGGCAAAAGGAGGACAUCUUAAAUAAUAAAUUAAGCGACGCCCUGGCCAUGGUAGAGGAGGUUCAGCGGAUGAAGACAGCUGAAAGUCUCAAAGCUGACAACCUCUCCCUGAAGUUAAACGAAACAUUAGCCGAGCUUGAAACAACCAAGACGAAAAUGAUAAGGACGGAGCAGCAGCUGAAGCUGCAGGAGCAGUCGAUGAAGGCGCUGGUGGAUGAGCGGGAAUCCCAGAAGCAUGGCUUCGAAGAGGAGAUCACGGAGUACAAGGAGCAAAUCAGACAGCACUCGCAGACCAUCGUGAGCCUAGAGGAAAGGCUCUGCCAAGUGACUCAGCACCACAGGAAGAUAGAAGAGGACAUCGCAAACUUAAAAGACAAUGAACUAGCUCAAAAGGAGGACGUGCCCCAGGAGUCCACAGCAGACACCCCGCUGGACAACAGUGACAAAGAAAUCGCGUGCGACCACCUGAUAGAUGACUUGCUGACUGCUCAGAAGGAAAUCCUGUCUCAGCAGGAGAUCAUCAUGGGGCUGAGGACAAACCUCAGUGAAGCCCACAGCCGAAUGUCAGACCUGAGAGGGGACCUAAGCGAGAAGCAGAAGUUGGAGCUGGAGCGACACGUGGCCCUGGUGCAGCAGCAGAAGAUGGAGCUGAGCGCACUCAAGGCGAAGAUGGCGCAGAUGAAUAGCCUUCUGGAGAAGAAAGACAGGGAACUGAAAGUCCUCAAGGAGACGCUCAGGGCUUCCCAAGAGAAACCCAGACCCCAGCUGAGCACGGAGCAGAAGCCUAGGAAUCUGAGCCAGAAGUGUGACAUCUCAAUGCAGAUAGAACCAGUCCACACAGACACAUUCUCCAGCUUCCAAGAGGGGCAGUCCUUCAGUGACCUGGGAGCCAAGUGCAAAGGGUCUCGACACGAGGAGGUCAUCCAGCAGCAGAAAAAGGCCUUGUCGGAACUCCGGCUACGAAUCAAAGAACUGGAGAAGGCCAACUCCUCUAAUCAUAAGGACCACAUGAAUGAGUCGUUCCUAGAACUAAAGACCCUCAGAAUGGAAAAAAAUAUACAGAAAAUAUUAUUAGACGCAAAGCCUGACUUGACGUCUCUCUCAAGGAUAGAGAUCCGAUCGCCUCAGAAUGGCCUUUUCAACUCGGGCUCCAACACGGCCAUCGAGAAGUCAGUAAAACCAGAUACUUCAGAAGCCCUAGAACUCAGUGAGAAGCUGUACGCAGACAUGGUCAGGAUGCUCAGCAGCCUGAUGAACAUCAAGGACAUGUCGGGCCACGUGUCUUUGAAGUACCUCUCACCCAAAGAGUGUGAGAAGGUCAACCACCUCCGACAGAAGGACCUGGAACUGGUGUUCGAUAAGAUCACUCAGCUCAAGAUCCGGCUUCAGAAGAAGGAGGAGCUGCUGAAAGGAUACGAAUGGGAACUGGAGCAGCACAGGCAUAACAAGGCAACCCUUCAGCUGUACCAGGCGCAGGUGGCGAAGCUGGAGGAUGAUGUCUACAAAGAGGCUGAGGAAAAGGCGCUGCUGAAGGAGGCCCUGGAGCGCACAGAGCAGCAGCUGUACCAGGAAAAGAGACUCAACAGGGCCUUCAAGCAGCAGAAGGAUCGAAUAGAGGAUCAAGAGCAGAAAAGCAUAUCCUGCAACUGCCCCUUCAAAGACAUUGAGAAGCAGAGACGCAUUUUUAUAGAGAUGGUCAAGAACAAGAUGCAGAAUUCCAGUCACCAGGUGAGCCAGAAAGAGAGGAACAGUGCCUUAGCAGCUGCCUCCCAGCUGCUGGGGACCAAGCACGUGGUGUGUGGGACACGAAAACACGGCAAAGCGAACUUCGGCUAG